GCCUAACACCAGGCUAUUGCGCACUUUAGCAAUUUUUUCAUUACAGAGUACAAUAUAAGGUGUUUCCAAACGUUUCUUUCAGCAAAAUGUCAGCGAAUCUAAAUAACAAUGCUAGCGAAUUGAUGGAAAUCGAGGAGAUAUCCGUCUCUGAUGGAGGAGCCGCCCGGUUCGCCGCAGUGGAAGUUAAGAGUGAUACAGAUAUGUACAACAUUAAGUGGGAGACUGCCGCCAAACUAUUGCGCUUCGACGAAGGUGAGAACCAGUGGAAGGAGCGCGGUGAGGGCAAGGCACGCGUAUUGCAAUGCAAGGAUGACCCCAACAAAUACUUGUUUGUGUUUCGCCGUGAGGCAGUUGGCAAGCUAGCAGCCCACCACUAUCUCCAAAAAGGCUUGAAGGUAAGAGUGCAUCCAAAGAACGAAAAGGCAUUGUUAUGGUCUACCUUUAAGGACUAUACAGACGAUGACGAAGGAUUUCCAGAGAGCUUUGUGUUGCGGUUGCCAUCAAAGGAGAUUGCCCAGGAAGCAUUGAAGCAUAUGGAGGAAUGCAUUGCUGCUUCUAAUAUAUGAAAAAAAUUACUUGUAAAUUCAAAGGGGGGAAAUGCAUGGCAACGCAAUAAUAAUGCGCAAAGAUUGAUGUAUUGGAUAUGUCUUAAUUUAAGCAAAGGGGAGGGAAAUAAACCACAUCAUCUUAACGGGACUCUGAAAUCAUUGCGAUAGUUAAAUAUUAAAUUUCCUCA